AUGACUGGAACAGGCGCCCCUAGCGGAGGAUCUAGCGCAGGUUACGGCGGACAGGCACCGCAUCGAUCGUACGAAGAGCGAGCCGCGGCAAGAGAGCAAAUGAUGAGCAACAUUCGAGAGACCUCACAGCAAGACCGCCGCGUCUAUGUUGGCAAUCUUUCAUACGAUGUGAAGUGGCAUCAUCUGAAAGAUUUUAUGAGACAGGCUGGAGAAGUCCUCUUCGCUGAUGUGCUUCUUCUCCCCAAUGGAAUGUCGAAGGGAUGCGGAAUUGUGGAAUAUGCAACGAGAGAACAGGCUCAGCAAGCCGUUGCUCAGCUUAGCAACCAGAACUUGAUGGGACGACUGGUCUAUGUUCGAGAGGACCGUGAGGCCGAGCCACGAUUUAUCGGUGCCACCGGAGGCAACCGCGGCGGGUUUAGCGGAGGCAUGUCUGGCGGCUUUAACAAUCAAGGCGGAUACAGUGGCCCUCCUGGCGCAGGUGGUCGACAGAUCUACGUAGCUAACCUUCCGUUCAACAUUGGGUGGCAGGACCUGAAAGAUCUGUUCCGACAGGCUGCUCGUGUUGGUGGGGUUAUUCGUGCCGAUGUUCAUAUUGGUCCCGAUGGCCGUCCCAAGGGCUCUGGUAUUGUUGUGUUCGAGAACCCUGAUGACGCCCGAAAUGCUAUUCAGCAGUUCAACGGGUAUGAUUGGCAAGGUCGAAUGCUUGAGGUCAGGGAAGAUCGAUAUGCUGGCUCCGGGGGAAUGGGCUUCUCUGGUCGAGGCGGCUACGGCGGCGGUAUGAGAGGCGGUUUCAGUGGUGGAUUUGGCCGUGGAGGCUAUGGUGGAGGCCGAGGCGGCUUCGGAUUCAGCGGUCGUGGUGGGUUUUCUGCCGGUGGUGGUGGUGGGAACUUCGAUGCCUCAUCCGCCGCCGCCGUGCCUCCGAACCCAUUCACAGACGGUGCCACCGCUGGGACUGAAAAGGGCGAGACAAUUUACGUCCGUAAUCUUCCAUGGUCUACGAGUAAUGAUGACUUGGUUGACUUAUUCACUACGAUUGGCAAGGUUGAGCAGGCCGAAAUACAAUAUGAGCCUAGUGGUCGAUCCAGGGGCUCUGGUGUCGUUCGUUUCGAUACCGCAGACACUGCCGAGACUGCGAUAGCUAAAUUCCAGGGCUACCAGUACGGUGGCCGCCCUCUCAACCUGAGCUUCGUCAAGUAUCUGAAUCAGCCUGGCGGCGAGAGCAUGGAAACAGACACCCAUGCUGGGCUGACACAGGACCAGAUCAUGUAA